CGACCGAGAAUCAGAACCAGGGGACGUUUCUCGGUUUCUCCCGGAAACCAGCGAGUCGAGGCGGGUAACGAGUCCGAACACUGUCCGAGGGUCGAGUCCCAGCUUCCGGAGCCGCAGACAUGACGCAGGAGAAUAUCUUCCUCUUCGUCCCCAAUUUAAUCGGCUAUGCCCGUGUGGUGCUGGCGUUCCUGUCCUUCUUCCUGAUGCCCAUCAGUCCGUGGCCGGCGGUCUCCUGUUACCUGCUCAGCGCUCUGCUCGAUGCCUUCGAUGGCCACGCUGCUCGGGCUUUCAAUCAGUCCACAAAGUUUGGAGCCAUGCUGGACAUGUUGACGGACCGCUGUGCCACCAUGUGUCUCCUGGUCAACCUGUCCCUGCUCUACCCGUCCUACACCUUCCUGUUCCAGGUCAGCAUGUGUCUGGACAUCUCCAGCCACUGGCUGCACCUGCACAGCUCGACAAUAAAGGGAUCCACCAGCCACAAGACCAUCGACCUCUCGGGGAACGCCCUCCUGCGGCUCUACUACACCUCCAAGCCGGUGCUGUUCGUGAUGUGCCUCGGGAACGAGCUCUUCUUCUGCCUGCUCUACAUCCUCCAUCACAUCUCAGAACCUGCUGCGUGGCUCUACUGGCUGCAGGGACUGUGUGGGACCAUCUGCCUGCUCAAGUCCGGCAUCAGCCUGCUGCACCUCAUCACCGCCUCCCAGAACAUGGCCGCCCUGGACGCCGCCGAGCGAGCGGCGAGCACGAAGCAGCAGUGAGCGAGAGCUCAGCAGCACGUCCACGGUUUAAUGUAUUACUGUUAUUGUUAUUGUUAUUGAAUUGAAAGGGGAACAGGAGACUCGUGCACUGUUGAUGUGAAACACUUGAAAAGUUCAUCAGACGAUCAUCAGAGAGAUUUUAUCUUUAUAACCAAAUAUUACUACAUGAGAUAUUCCAGAUCCAGGCAGGAGAGAGGCCGAUGGAUUUUAUUUGAUUAUUUGACUUUCUACAGACAAACAAGAAUCAGGCUCCGCCCACCAGGGAUGAACACAAGCACUUCCUGUCAGUUACAGUUCCACCUCGUUGUCGCUGUAGACAAUCUACUUCCUGUUUACACCACAUGACCCGUGGACGUGUGUUUUUAGUGUUAAAACUAAAGCAUGUUAGUGUGGGCGGAGCCUGUCAGUGCUUUCUGCUCUGAUUGUUCAUUGUGCCGCAGCUCACUCAGAUUCCCUCAUAUUCAUAAUCAGACGCUGACAUUUACUACUUUCUAAUCUGCUUUAAUAUUCUGAGUGCAUCGUUCAAUCAUGUUUUACAGAUCCGUUAAAAACGCUCUUGCUGACGCUGUCUCACUCGGACAUCAAACCAAAAUAAAAGCUCUUUGUUUCCCAGGAAGUGUGUUGGUGCUUUCCUCUGGUGAUCGGUGAUCGGUGGUGAAUCAGUGAUGAUUGUUGCAUUUAGUUCACUUUGUGCUUUAUUGUUUCUCAUUUCUCAUUUAUUGUUCUUGCCUCGUGGUAGAAGCAGUGUUUUCUCUUUCCAGUGGAUUUAUGCUCUGAGAGUUAUGCAGGUCAUAAGUUUCACCUCGCGUGACGAGUGUUUAAACUUUCUGCUGCUGAUGUGUUUCAAUCCUCAAUGUGUUGAGUUCUAAAUAUUUGCCUCUUGUUUUUAAUGAAACUUCUAGAAUCUGUUAUUCUAAGAUACAACUUUACAUUAACUUCAAAGCUUAUGAUUCAAGAUUCAGGAGUUUAUUGUCAUGUACACAACGAUUACAUAAAGCAGUCGCUUGCAAUGAAGUGCUUGGGUCACAGGCUCUCUGAUGUUAUACUUAAAAUAUCUUAGUUGUAGUAAUACAAGUAUUUGAUGUAUAUUUACUUUGAAGUGCAGGUGGUUUGAAUUCACUGUAAAAGCAGCUACAAAAUAAACACCAUGAAAACCA